AUGUGUGCAACGCUUCAAAAUGAUCCAAAUUUGACUGCACAUCUGGGUGGAGUGGCAGCAACAGUUGCCGUGGCUAUGAGGAUCGAUGAAAAGGUUGGAUGUCUUUUGUACAUUAAUACUGGUAUUACAUUACCAUCUUGGCCUGUUGAUGAGUACUACAGUUUUCAUAUUAUGAAUCCUCCAAUCAGGAGGAAUCUCAUUGCAAAUGUUGUGAAGUGGACUAUUGGAUAUCUGAAAGCAAGGCAAGUUGAACUGCAUUCUGAGAAGAGAAUGGAGUAUUUGCAGUCGUCUCUUCUAACGAGAUUUUGGAAAUCACUUGGUCAUGGCUUCUCCCAACUUAUUAAGCCAGGUGAUCAAGAAAGGCCACAAGCUGGCCCGGCUCGGGAAAAGCCGGGAAGCUCGGGCCACCGAGCCGUUUUGCCACUGCUAGGAGUCAUUAGAUUUUCUGAGCUUGAUACUGCUUCAGCAAGGCAAGUUGAACUGCGUUCUGAGAAGAGAAUGGAGUAUUUGCAGUCGUCUCUUCCAACGAGAUUUUGGAAAUCACUUGGUCAGGUCUUCUCCCAACUUAUUAAGCCAGGUGAUCAAGAAAGUGAGUCCAACUCCCAUGCGGCACAUGUCAAUGGGGAUGUGAUCACAAAAUUCUUCGAAGUGCACAUUGAACCUUCAGCUUCCAUUUUCCCAAUUGAUAAUCUAAAGGUGGGAUUUGCUGUAAAGGUGGGAAGCUGCGAGCUAGAAACUCCUGCUCUUCUCCUCACUACCUGUAAAGGCCUACCCGUUUUCAUUUCACCUGACCUCCUGCCUUCUCUUCCUUCCCCUGACUCUCGCCUCCUCCAAUUCAGCCCCUUCCAAUUGCCGAGUUAUGGUUUCAAGAGGAAUGCUGAAAUUGAAAAAAUAACCAUUGUGUACAACGGGAAGGUCUUUGAUUUUGAUAUUUCUGCACACAAGGUGCACAAUAUUCUGAAAAUUGCUGUUGGUUUUCUUCUGCCACAGCAGACCUCGCAAUGA